UACACUAUUCCACACUGUUUCUAUUUCGCUCUUUGCUCGGACGUAGUAUCGGCCAGCGACAAAAUUCGUCUUCGAAGGCACCUCUUUAGUACAAAGCCAACGUGACAAUACCAAUAGAUCAACUAUGUGUCUUGAAUAGUGCAUUGCAUUUACAAUUUCAUUCAUCAAGUUCAUCCGCGCUCCGCCGCCGUCUCGCACUCGUACUCCCUCGCGCUCCGACCAACGUGUGACCCCGAAAGCUGUCCUCCGCGCACACUUUCACUUUAGCCCAGCAGCAACAACAAACACAACGAAGCGCUACAACGAACAAAUAAAAUAACCUAGCAUAAAUAACUAUUGUGCAAUACUGAUUAGCGAAAAAUUAAGUCAGGAAUAAUGUCGGCGGCACAGGAAAAGGUUAUACGCGUUGGCUCCCGAAAGAGCGAGUUGGCGCUGAUCCAGACCAAACAUGUCAUCGGCCGACUGCAGAAGCUGUAUCCCAAGCAGAAAUUCGAGAUACACACCAUGUCGACCUUUGGCGAUCGUGUGCUCAAUGUUUCACUGCCCAAGAUAGGCGAAAAGAGCUUAUUCACCCGUGACCUGGAGGAUGCACUGCGCAACGGUGGCGUAGAUUUUGUGGUGCAUUCGCUUAAGGAUCUGCCCACGGCCCUGCCAACGGGAAUGGCCAUUGGUGCUGUCCUAGAGAGAGAAGAUGCCCGAGAUGCGUUGGUUCUACGAGAGCACCUAAAGGGACACACAAUAGCAUCACUGCCCGAGGGAAGUGUGAUUGGUACCUCCUCCCUGCGUCGCACGGCUCAAAUUCGGAGGCAAUAUCCCCAUUUGGUUGUAUGCGACAUUCGUGGCAAUCUGAAUACUCGAUUGGCCAAGCUGGAUGCCGCCGAUUCAAAGUUUGCCGGCAUUAUUCUCGCCCAGGCUGGCCUGGUGCGAAUGGGCUGGAUGAGUCGCAUUAGCCAGGUGCUAGAGCCCACGGAUCUGCUCUAUGCCGUCGGCCAAGGUGCUUUGGCCGUGGAGUGUCGUGCCAACGACGACCAGGUGCUGGCCAUGCUGCAGAAACUGAUGUGCCUGAACACUACCUGCCGCAUUCUGGCCGAAAGAAGUUUCCUUAAGACCCUAGGAGGUGGCUGCUCUGCCCCCGUGGCUGUUUGGAGUAUCCUAAAAGGUGAACCAUUAAAUGGAAACAGUCAGGAGGUGGGACUUUCACUCACCGGCGCUGUUUGGAGUCUGGAUGGGGCCACAGAAAUCCGAAAUCACCUGGCAUGUGCCUUGAAUGAGAAGUCCUCUGUGGUGUUGGAACAGCGUGGAAAGCGAGCGGCCCAGGAGAGUAGCAAUCAGCAGCAGGAGGAGGGCAGCAGCAGCUGCGAUUCGCCGCCGGCUACGAAACGUGCCAGAAAUGGCAACGCCAGCUCUGGCUCGGACUCCAACUCAAGCAGCCCUCGACAGCAGGGCAGUCCUCCGGUGAUCUGCGAGGAUGAGGCCGCAUGCGAGGCUCUAGCCGGCUACAGUGUGGAGCAGCUCACGGAUCUAGCCAGUCAGUGUCCAGUGCUGGGCCAUGGCAGUGCUCAGGCCGCAGUUGGAAAUGGAGGUGGCGAUGCGGACACCAGCAACUCCAACCAGACAACACCCCGGCAGUGUCCGCUUCGUUUGGUUGCCGGUCAGGAUGUAAUGGGCCAGUGUCCAGUGGUGCAUGGUCCGGCCAAGGCUGCCGGCAAAUGUCCCGUGGCCCAUGCAGCCUCCGGAGAUUCCUCAGAAGCAAACAAUGGCAAUAAUGUAGCUCCAGUUCCAGCCUCCGCUGCGCUAUGUCCGCUGCAAAUGCCGGUUGGGCAGGACUUUAUGGGCGAGUGCCCGUAUGUGAACAAGGAGACCAAGAUAUCCUUUGCCCAGGCGGGCAAGUGUCCAGUAACAGGUGGUGUUGCUGGCUCCAUUCUACCCACGCCGCCACCUAGCAGCCGAGCCAGUGCCGGGAGCAGCAUUGCUGGUGAUGAUGUGGACAAUGUGGCCUCUUCUUCCAAAUGUCCCUUUGCGGCAAUGCAUCAGGGCAGCGGUCUGGAGGCACCUCCAGUCAAGGACAACGGAAACGCAACAACACAACCCAAGUGCCCCUUCCUUCAGAAAACUGUCCAGAUGUUUGACUACGCCGACGAGGAACAGCCGACGCCACAGGAAUCGGUGCUCAUUGAGGAUGUGGAGAACCUAUUUUGCGGCUUGUAUCAGCAUGCCUGCCACAGCCGGGGGAUCUACGAGAAGGCGAACCAACUGGGCAAGACCCUGGCCGAGGAUCUGAUCAAGCGGGGAGCCUUGGAGGUGAUGAAGGUGGCGCAGGCAGAGAUUCACGGCAAGGUGGUGACAGCCUCUUGAGAAUGUCCAGAGUUUAGUUUCCAACUUCUCCCACCUCCACCCAUUAAAUUCAUCGUUUACAUUAAGUAGAAAAGUGUAACUAGACAAUACUGUUUCCCAUAUCCAUCUCCCACAUCAUGGAGAAUCCAUAGAAUUAUCUAUAUUGUAUGUAAAAUCCUUGUGCUCUCUCGCAUAUUGUUGGUUUUUAGUUUGUUUUUGUUUUGGGGAAUAUUAUUAUGAUAAAUAAAUGUAUAGGA